AUGAGGAUCCUAGAGGAACAGGCUUUAAGGGAGUACGUCCUGGCUCUGUUUCGACUCCCUCGGAGCGAACGUCUCCACGACGUCGCCUCCUGCUCGGUGUGGACACCACACUCACGCUGCCACACAGCCGGGACUCUCUUCACCACCGACACCUAUUUGUGUUUCUCCAGCCGGGAGGAGGGCGUCUGCAUCCUGCUGAUCCCACUCUCAGAGGUGUUGUCCAUAGAGAAAGCAGAGAGCACCAGCCCGCUUCCAAACCCAGUCAUCGUGAGCAUCCGGACCAAGAAAGCCUUCCAGCUGAUCGAGCUGCAGGACAGAGACGAGCUGGUGGAGAGUCUGAACUCCAGACUCAGAGCUCUGCAGUGGAAGCAGUCUAUGUUUCGAAGCAAGAAGGACGGGAAGAGGAAAGUGAGCUCUCCUACACCUUACUACACCUUCUACUACGACACGGGGUACUCUGAUGAAGAAGACAAAGAGGAGCAGGUUCUUCGUAACACUGUGAACAGCGAGGCUCUGAUGACCGCCUUUCACCAAAGCCAGCCUGGAAACAACGGACACAAGAGCGUGGAGCAGAUGAAGGAGCAGCUAUGGGAGGAUCACUUCUCAGAGUUCGGUCGGGGUGUUCACAUGUUCCGGACAGAGAAGACCCAGAAACUGGUGGCCACAGGGAUACCAGAGUCUCUGCGAGGGGAGCUGUGGAUGACGCUCUCCGACGCAUCCUCUGAGCUGGAGGCCCACCAGGGUUACUACGCCAGCAUGGUGCAGAAGUCGAUGGGUCAGAGCAGCCUGGCCACAGAGGAGAUAGAGAGAGACCUUCAUCGCUCUCUGCCGGACCAUCCCGCCUUUCAGAACCCGACCGGCAUCGCUGCUCUGAGACGAGUCCUCACGGCGUACGCUCACCGCAACCCAAAGAUCGGAUACUGUCAGUCGAUGAACAUCCUUGCCUCGGUGCUGCUGCUCUACGCCAAAGAGGAAGAAGCGUUCUGGCUGCUGGUGGCUGUUUGUGAGAGGAUGCUGCCCGACUACUUCAACCGCAGGGUCAUAGGAGCUCAGGUGGAUCAGUCCGUGUUUGAGGAGCUGAUCAGGGAGCGUCUCCCUGAGCUGGCUGAAAACGUCCCCGACCUCUCCACCCUCUCCUCCGUCUCCCUCUCCUGGUUCCUCACGCUCUUCCUCAGCGUGCUGCCCUUCCAGAGCGCCGUCUGCGUGGUCGACUGUUUCUUCUUCCAUGGUAUCAAAGCCAUCUUCCAGCUGGGUUUAGCCGUGCUGGAGGUCAACGCUGCUCAGCUCUCUGCCUGCACGGACGACGGACAGGCGCUCAUGAUUCUCACAAGCUUUCUGGAUCAGGUUGGAAGUGAAGAGUCGUCCUCUCCUCCAUCCUCUCCGCCUGCUGCUGCUGCUGCUGCUGCUGCUGCUGCUGCUGCUGCAGAGACGAGCAGCAGUGACUCUGAGAUUCCUGCUGUGCGACACACAAACAUCACGGCGCUCAUCAACGACUCGUAUGAGAAAUUUGGAGACCUGUCAGUGAGGCAGAUCGAGAGACUUCGCUGUCGACACAGAAUCCGGGUUCUUCAGGCUCAUGAGGACACCAUCAAAGAAAACACUCUGAGAUUGGUCAAUCCAGAUGUUUCCAUCUCUCCAGAGAAUCUGUCUGAUGUGUACGACCUCUUUAAGACGGAGCACUUCAUCAGUCUGUACUGGGGCGACAGCAGCUCUGCAGCAGCAGCAGAAGCAGCAGCAUGGAGUUACAGCGACGCCUCUCGCUCCUUCAUCGAGCGGCAGUACCGGCUGGACCGGCCUCAAUUUAAGAGCCUGUACGGGCUGCUCUCUCCGUGGCCCGGAGGUCAGAACCAGCACGCCGACACGCUCGCCAAUCGCACCUUCACCCUGCUGGACCAGGACCAAGACAACCUGGUCACGUUUAAGAAGUUUGCAGGCUGGCUGGACACGUUGUACUGUGAAGACCUGAACGAGAAAAUCCGGUUACUGUAUCGCCUGCACAUCCCACCAGCUCUGACAGAAAGUGAGGAUGACCCCUCUCUGAUGAAGAGCCCCCUGGUGUCCACUAACAGACCCCUCUAUGUGAAUCUGCCGUCUGACGAUGAAGGAGAAGCGAAGGACUAUCAGGAGCAGCUGAAGCAGAUGCUGCAGGAUUUAGUCAAAGAGAAAGAGAAGGAUGUGGAGAAACCUCUGCCCCUCAUGAACCAGAGGGAGUUCAUCCAGUUCUGUAAAACCCUCUACAGCAUGUUCCACGGGGACCCCGAGGAGAACGACCUCUUCCAGGCCAUCGCUACAGUAACCAGUCUGGUGCUGCAGAUCGGUGAAGCUGGGCACCGUCCGACCCACUCGGGGUCAGAGGUCACAGAAGCUAAACCCACAGCUGUUCCCACAGAGGACGCUGGGGUCGACGGGACGGCGGAUAACGAUUGGACGAUCAGCUUCGCUCAGAUCCUGGCGUCCCUGCUGACCGAACAGUCGCUGGUGACCUUCUUUGAGAAGCCGGCGGACCUGACUGUGAAACUCUCCGAGGCGAAAGAGAAGCAGUAUCACCAGAGGGCCGGUCUGCUCUCACUGCAAGGGACCAGAUGACUGUGUGUGAACUCUGAGGGCAGGAAGCAAACCAAAUUUCAUAUGAAGAAAACACAAAUAUCAGGAUCAUUUGACACAAUGUGACACGAUGUGACAGGAUGCAGCAGCUUCAAAAUCAGAGCUGAAGAGCCUUAAAGAUACGCAGGAUAUCACUGGACUGAUGGGACGACUACAGCAGAACUCCUGAGCUCCUCUUUAUCUGUUCUGACGACAGGAGGAAGCUCUUCCAAACUAUAUGAGCCAAAAAGACUUUGAAUCUAAGGCAGCAGCAGCAGGUCCUGAACUGGUGGACUCACUGGUGUCAGCCUGUAGGAGCGUCAGCAUGUGGUUUUGUCCUAAAGAGCUGGAGGGAGGAUGAAAAUAGGAAGACAGAAUCUCUCUCUGUACGUCAGCGUGAGGACGCCUGACAGCACUUUCUAACGAGGCGUCCACUCCGUACUAAAUCACUGACUCUUACACUAACGCUUCACAAAUCAGCUGAAGGCCUUAACUCCAUUCACCUCCGGGACGCCAGGUUGUGAAACAUCUUUGCUGAGUCACUGGUUAGUAUUCUGACUGAUGAGUCAGCAGAAAUGAGUCACUAACUUGUUGUUUUGAAGGUUAAUAAUCAGUAAGAGCUGAAAAAGCAAAGUUAGUGAGUAAUCUGUUCUUUAAGAAGUGAGAAACAGAAGUUAUCACAACUUUCUGACUAAUUAUAAAUGUUAAUAAACUUAUAAACACAUGAAUAAAUGGAUUCUGAUCCAGAUAAAUCCAGUAAAACCUGAACUAAAGGAGAAAGACUUUCACAACCUGGCAGCCUGAUUGACUCGUGUAAUACAGUAAUCAUGUCGUGCAUUAAUACAGUAGAGCCAGAAAUGUAACUCACUUUAUGAAGGCAGCUUCAGAGGAGUGUGAGAACAGGGGAUGAGGAGAAAUGAGAGGAGGAAGAUUGUUUUUUUUAUUAUUUAAAAUGAUUAUUUCUUAUUAUGUACUUAGAAAAGUUGACACUUUGAGAAUAGAGUUGAUCCUUUGAGACUACAAACAGCACAUAUGACCACCUCCACUAAAUGAAUGGAUGAUCUGAUAUAGCUGCACUUCAGGAUCAGGUUUAGUGACGGUGCACGAGGUGAUUUCAGUCACACCACAACCUUUAAUGGGGGCCAGGGAUGUAAGGAUACACUCAACACACGAUUCAAUUUGAAUCCUGAUUUUUGGUUCACCAUGCGAUUCACUCAAGAUUCUCUAAUGUUAUUGAUUUUAAUCCACCCUUAAUUGUAUUGAUUUUUUAGCGUCUUGUGAUUUAUCCUUACAUUCCUAACAGGGGCACUGUUGUAAUUAAUUUAAGGAUAAAUAAAAAUCCCCACAUUAUUUAAAGACACGCUUUCCUUCAUUUCUGGUGCAACCGGCAGAAGCAGAUGACAGUCCUAAACCCUAAACCGUGAUUGGCUAUUUGCCCUCUCAGAGGCGGGACUUGAAUAUAAAUCCACUAUUUGGAUUGUUUAACAGGCUGCAAGAAGCUUCUUGGCCUUUCUAUGUGAAACACUUUCUUUUACUGGUCCUUUAAACAAUGACUUUAAACAAACCUCAUCUUUUUGAGUCUUUAGAGACUUUAAGAAGUUCAUCAGAUUUAAAUGUUGCCACUUCAUUGAAGAGAAAAUAGAUGUGAUUCGUGGAAAUAACCCUCCUCGGUUUGGGGUGAGCCUGUAAUGUGUGCCACGCAUGGCCACCCCUACUAAACUAACUGGACUGGCCUCAGUCGGUAAAUGUCUAGCUCCGCCCCUGACCAAUUAAGGUGUGACAGGAUUUGUAUGACACCACACCUUUCCACGGUGAUGUUACUGACCAUUUUUGUAGGAUCUCUUCUCUUUGAUGCACUUUUUAGAUCAGUCCCUGUGUGUUUGAUCCAGCCGCCUACACAUAGAAGCCAGUGAGAGUUGUCCUGAUUAGAGGACUGCCGCUCUAUCUAACUAUGAUUGGAAAGACUUUUUUUUUUUUUCAGAAAGUGCAUAAUCCAAAAAAGAAUCUUCCUCCUCUCAUCACUUUCAUCCUUCAUAGUCUUCAGCAGCCUGAUUACAAAGUUGAUCCUCUAAAGGAGCGGUGCAGCAUGAAGGACAGAUCUGACGUGCGUUGAUUUUUCUUUUUUAUUAAUUUUAUAACUUUUGUUUCACUGAUGUGACAUUUUUUCACAUGCAUGCACCUCAAGAUGAAUAUUUUCUAACCUUUUUUAAAUGACUGGAUGAUAAUCUACAGGAAUCUGAGACUGAUGCACAAAACGGCAAAAAUGGGACGACACUGCUGAAACUGUCUUUUUGAAUAAAGACUCAUUAAAGACUCUUUGUACUACUGAA